GCGUCACCCCAUGUUCGCAUUCGUUCGCUACUAUUACAUGCCGCCGUCAUCGCUGCGGGGUACUCCCUUGCAGAAAAGGUUGGAAUGAGGGUAGAUUCAGUGGCCACUGUUUACAGUGCCAUUAGCUUCCUUGCCUUUGUUGACGAUUGCACGGAUUCGGCCAGGUUUCAACUGGCUUCCUGAUCGAAUUUAGGGAAAACGGGGCGCAUGGGCCUUUCGUGCAUUCAGAUAGUGAUUUGGAUAUAAGGACAUUUGGCCGAGAAACUAACCGAUGGAAAAUGUCGACUUUUAGUUCCGCUCACUCCUAUAUGUCACCUCCUCGUGGUGAUUCCGUGCAUGACGACCUACAGUCUGAACAUCCUCAAAGUUCCGACAUUGAAACACCAAGGGCAGUCCACGACUCCCAAGAAGAGCACCCAAGUGAGUCAGAGAGUCCAACACAUCACACAGACCCCUCAUCGAAACACCGGCGGUUUUACAGUCUCAACUACGCGCCGACAUUUAUACCAAAUCCAUUUCCUCAUAGGAACACAUAUAGUACGAGGAAAGGCUACCGGUCUUCCGUGAUUCUGAACCCCAUUUACGAGGAGGGAACGCAUGGCAAUGACUUAAGGUAUGGGGAGGAAAUAUACUUUGGCCGACCUAGUGGGAGUAAUACCUACUCUAGAGGUUUCAUUUUUCAUCACGAUGAGGACGAAAGGGCGUCGUAUCGCACGGCAACGCCCGACUACAGUCGCUACAGUGGGAUGCGACCAGAAAGUUUAGAAUCUUUCCCGUACUAUACUUGGUCUUCUAGAGCUUCUAGUUUUCAACGACCAAUAGUUGUACCUCCUGUUGUCAUAACAGCGCCUCCCAAAGAUAUGCCAUGGCAACCGCCGCACAUGCCUUUUUUCUUCAAGUGCCCGCCUCCGAAACCUGCAAGCUACAUGUGGUUUGCCAUUAUAGUGGCCAUGGUCUUCAAUGUACUGUUUGGAUUGAUAGCAAUUCAUUUUUCGCGUAA